AUGAAUCUAGUAAACAUUGCGAAACAUCCUCUCUAUUUAACACAAUUGGAAUUUGGCUUUGAAGCUUCAAUACCAAAUGAUGAUGAAAUUUUUGCAUCACAACAAUUAUUCAGAAUUUUAAAAUCAUUUAAAGAUAGUUAUUUUAAUGAACUGUAUACUUAUCAAAGUCUCGAUUUUGAUGAUGAAUACAAUGAAACAACGAAUGAAGAGGACACCACUGAUGAAGAACAAUCAGCUGAUGAAGAAGAUAAUACUACCCAGGAAAAUACAUACUAUUGA